AUGGGCUCUCCCAGGGCGAAAGAUGAAGAUACGCUUCAGCGAAGAGCCCGAGGGCGGGAGGCACAGCGCAGAUACCGCAGCAGAAAAGAAAGUUUAUUUUCCAGCACUGUUCGCAGGAACCGAGACCUAGAUGUUGCCUUCAAGGAAGCCAUUGGAAUUUUCGUGGAGUUUGGCCAUCACCUGCUAAGCUAUUCAUCGAAUGACCCUGGACCUCGCUCCAUCGUGGCCAUACAACAAGCGUAUCGAAGUGCACUCUCUUCAAUGCAUAGAGUCUGUGCGAAUCUGGACAGCGAAACUUUCGACCGAACUCCAGAGAGCUUUGACGAGAACAUGACUCUCUCUGGUGUAGACGCCGAGCGUACACCCAACAACAUACAAUCCAGUGACAGGCCGACUAGGGAAAGCUCGGGGCCUCAACAACGAUGGUACAAUUAUAGAGUUCUUCACUCACAGGAACUUGGGUACGCAGAGAACUACCAGGUCCCGCCCAGCGUUUUGAUGAUGCCCACUCAAGGACUUCACUUCAUCAACUAUAUUCAUUCGGAGACUCCACCUGUGAACCAACAAAGCCUAUUCUGGAUCAAGUUGUUCGAGGUUGCCCUUCAUAGAUCGCAACAGGCCCUGAUUGAAGGGCGAAACGAGAAAUGGAGACUGUCCCCAUGGCUUUCAAAGUCCCACAGAUUCAGCCUGCGUCAUGCGAAGUUGAACGACCUUCUCCACCUGACGAACGCUGCGAUAUGGGGGUUGGCAAACAAGAUCCAAGUCAGUAACGUGGACCGUCCGAAGAACAUGGCUAUCGUAAUGGAUGAAGUGAACUCUAAUGCUCACAACGAUCUGGGCAAGGUAGUCAAGAGAGACUUGGAAAAUUCCGGCGUACCUCUCACAGAGCUUCUUCUCCUCCAGGACCUCGAACUGUACUUGGAACAAAAGGGGAAGCUGCUGAUAGGGGAAGAUGAUCUCCAGUUCUCAUUUAUGACGACAACACAGACUGGGGCAACGUGGAUGCAUGCUCGGAUUGCGCAGCAGUCGUUCAUAGAUUAUCUGCUGGAAGAGUCGCUGUGUCUGGGCAACGGAAUUGGCUUUCUCAAGGGCGCCGUCAAUAAAGCAUUGGUGUCUGCGGCGACAGAACUAAGUACUGUAUCGUAA